AUGGCUUCUCCAAGUCCUGUGGUUUCAAGCGCCAAUGUUGCCGCGCUCCUCAAGCGGCUCCACGGGGAGUCUAACGCCCAGGAGUCAUCGUUCUCUAUCAUUUCAUUCUGGUUCCGCAAGAAGAUAACGGCCAUGAUCUUCGGUAACCGCAGAUGGAAUUCCGCUGAUGACGACUUCAUGCGGGACAAGUAUAUCUGCUUAGAGGCCGACAAGAGCGAGUUUGUUUACCUUCUGGCGAGGUCUAUUGGCGCUCUAAACAUCGUGGAAGCGGGUACGAGCUUCGGCGUUUCGACAAUCUACCUUGCUCUUGCGGCUGGGCAGAAUGCCGCUGCCAAAGCGUCUGGGUCCAUAACACCAGGCCAAGGUGCCCAAGUGUUUGCGACUGAAAAUGAACCCACCAAGGCAAAAAAGGCGAAGGAGCAUUGGAAGGAGGCCGGGGAGGAGGUGGAGCCCUGGAUUACCUUGCUGGAAGGCGACCUUCGGGAAACUCUGCCGGAACAGAUGAAGAAGGUCGAUCAAAUUGACAUGCUCCUGUUGGAUAUCUGGACUCCUAUGGCUCUCCCGGCACUCAAAGCGGUCCAACCAAAGCUCCGCACAGGCGCUCUCAUUAUUGCCGACAACACCGUUAUGGCUCGAAUUGACUACAAGGACCUACUUGAUUACGUUAACGACCCGAAGAAUGGCUUCAAGCACAUGACGACUCCGUUCAAGGGUGGCUUGGAGGUCAUCGUUUACCUUCCUUAA